AUGCAGCUGGCCAUGCUGUGCACCGCGUGUCUCCUGGUCAGCAGCCUGGCCCUGCCGCUUCCCCGGGAGGCAGGAGGCACGAGCGAGCCGCAGUGGAGACAGGCUCAGGACUAUCUCCAGAGAUUUUAUCCAACUGAUUCAAAAACAAGAGGUGCCAACAGUUUAGAAGCCAAACUCAAGGAGAUGCAAAAAUUCUUUCGCCUGCCUGUAACUGGAAUGUUAAAUUCCCACACCAUGGAAAUAAUGCAGAAACCCAGAUGUGGAGUGCCAGAUGUUGCAGAAUACUCACCAUUGGCAAAUAGAGCAAAAUGGACUUCCAAUGUCGUCACCUAUAGGGUCGUGUCACAUACUCAAGACUUGCCACUUGUCGUAGUGAAUCAAUUACUGGCAAAGGUCCUCAAAAUGUGGAGCGACGAGAUCCCACUGACCUUCAAGAACGUCAGCUGGGGAACUGCUGAUAUCAUGAUUCUCUUUGGAAGACGAUCUCAUGGGGAUGCCUUCCCAUUUGAUGGACCAGGAAACAUACUGGCUCAUGCCUUUUUACCUGGUCGAGGCUUUGGAGGAGAUGCUCACUUUGAUGACGAUGAACACUGGAGUUAUGGCAGCAGGAGAGGAGUUAACUUGCUUUCCGUUGCAACUCACGAAAUUGGCCACUCUUUGGGUCUGCGACAUUCAUCUGAUCCUAAUGCUGUGAUGAAUCCAACCUAUAGAGAUGUAGAUCCCAAGAAUUUCAGACUUUCACAGGAUGAUAUCAAUGAAAUUCAGAAAUUAUAUGGAAAGAGAAAUAAUUCAAGAACAAAUUAG